AUGGAGAGGCGCCAUCGAUCAGAAGCUAGCACAGAGAGGGAAUCCCUCCGGUCGGACUGCCCAGUUGAUAAGGAGACCUUGAUGAGACAAGCCAAGGUAGAAAGCGGGGGAGGGAGGCUUGUCCCUGGAGCCGCGAGCUUAGCCAGCCUGUCAUGGCAUGCUCCUUGCGGCCUAAGUAAAGAGAGAGCGACCCGCCAGAUCCCUUGGGCGCGCACACGAGUGAGAAUUGCUGCUCGUUCGGCUCCACCUGGGCGGCGCCAUGGGGCUCCACCACACUGUUCCUGUGCCCACACUUUCACGAUGAACGCAUCCUCGAGGUUGCGAAAAUCGGAGAAUCACCCGGUCGGAGGAACUGAAGUCAGGAGCAUUAUGGUUAUUCCAGAUCUCUACUUGAAUGCCAAAGGAGGGACAGUGUCCUACUCUGAGUGGCUGAAGAAUCUAAAUCAUGUCAGAUAUGGCUGUUUGACCUUCAAAUAUGAAAGGGAUUCUAAUUACCACUUGCUCAUGUCUGUUCAAGAGAAUUUAGCAAGAACGUUUGGAAAGCACAGUGGAACUAUUCUCAUUAUACCCACAGCAGAGUUCCAAGACAGGAUAUCAGGUGCAUCAGAGAAAGACACCAUGCACGCUGACCUGGUGUACACAAUGGAGAGUUCUGCCAGACAAAUUAUGUGCAUAGCCAUGAAGUUUAACCUGGGAUUGGACACGAGGACCACCGUCUAUGUCAACGCCAUUAAGAAAGUCUUCAAAGUGUACAAUGAAGCCAGUGUGACCUUCACGUAG